GUAGCAUGGCAUUGCAUCUCCGACGGAACUGCACUGUCGGGUGGUGUCAUCUCCGUUGGAUCUCACCGCACGGUGUAAGUGUGUAGCCCAUGCUUGAUUUGGAUGGAUCUAAGGGUGUAAGCAAGUGCAGAUAUUCUUGAUCUGAGGGUUUAAGCUGUGAUGGCUCUCUGUCAGAUCUAAGGACUCUGAUUCAAGUUUGUGGUGAUGGUGGUCAGCAGCGACGGCUAUUCCGGUGGCGGAGUAUGCCCUGGAGUCGCGAUUCAUGGAGGCAUGGCCGGAUGGAACGAGCCGCAAGUUCUAGGAGGCAAUUGUUAGUUUUGUAACAAUGCAGUUUCAACUUUGUACCAUGUUUUUCACUUUCUCUUUGGGCACAAGAACACAUUACUUUGGACGGACUAUUCUUCAUGGUGGAGCUAGGAAUGGAGAUUGUACUUUUGUUGGUUGUACACCUUGCGUAUGGCUUUAGCACAGGUGCUUUUUCGUACAUUCUUCUCACGAUUAGCAGCUGGUUCUUGGCUAUUUCUUGGCUAUUUGCACCAUAUUUGUUUAAUCCAUCUAGCUUUGAGUGGCAAAAGACGGUGGAGGACUUCAGAGAUUGGACAAACUGGCUUCUGUAUAGAGGUGGAAUUGGAGUUAAAGGAGAAGAAAGUUGGGAGGCUUGGUGGGAUGAGGAGCUGGCUCAUCUUCGAACAUUAGGGGGGAGGCUGAUGGAGACCAUUCUUAGUUUAAGGUUUUGUAUAUUUCAAUAUGGCAUUCUAUACAAGCUACAUUUAUAGGGAGAUAAUACAUAUCUGACGGUAGAGUUCUCACAACUGAGCUUUCGUUCUUUAUUUACACUUGAUCCAUAUAAUAUAACUGACUUUUGCUUAAUAAUAUGGUCAACCAAUUGCUUGCCUUAACUUUUUUAGGUUUAUGGGUUUUCAUGAUAUUGUAUUUGCGGUGCUUUUGAUCCUCUUCAAGGUUGUGUUCUGUGCUUUGCUCAGAUCCAAAAUUGGAUUCACAUCACUUUAAAGAUGUUCUUGACGAAGUAAUGGCAGCAGAAUUGUUCGCUACUUAGAAUUUACUUAGAGCUUCUAUGCUCUAACUCCUGCAUUUUUUUAGGCAACCUUUACCGAGUUUUAUUAAGAUAUAUUCGUCACUACAAAGUGAGGGGAGGACCAAACCAAGGCCUAACGCCAGCCCCUCAUACGGAAGACAUGCCUUCCGGGGAGUACAAUAAGUAAAGAAAGGAUGGGGAAGCCUAGAACACGGCUUGACCAAAGUCACAAGAAGGUCUACAAAAGAAUCUCUUCUUAAACCUCAUACCCCUUGCUUACAAAGCAAGGAUUCUUUUCCAAAAUUAUUUUUCGUGUACGAUAAUUGUUCCAAAAAUCAUUAUUCUAAAUUAAUACUUAAAUACUUA